AGGAGUCCUGUGUGCCUACGUCGAACAACAAUAGUGAUAGUUAACGUAUCAGCUUGGUAACACCCUUUUCGCGUCGCUAAGGCUGUAUUUCACAUAUACCGGUGCAACUUGGCAAACCUUUUCGACAUUGCACGGUUUUCUGCCGCCAUAUUGCUAGCCACUUCCAUACGCUCAUGUGGUUAAAGUAGCUGUCUGGCUGAGUGAAAAGUUGUUGUGAAGAUGAGGCGCAGUGGAUCUCAGUGUCCUCCUGCUGCUGCAUCCUCCCUGCAGCUGGGACGAGACGUGAAGAGGAUCCGUGUAUAUGACCUCCGCUUCAACGAGAAGGAGCCUAAGGAGAAGACCGUGAAAACGAGUUCGGACUUCAAUAACUUUUGUCAGGCUCUGCACAAGGAAUUUGAAAUCCGUUCCUAUGAGGUAUUUGUCUUGACCACGACUGAUAGGACACUCCUGGAUUCUGACAAAUUUAAGGAGCUUCCGGAUGGCAGCACCCUCUAUUUGUUAAAACAGGAGACACAGGCUCUGCCGAGGGCAAUAGAGGAGCAGAUAAGUUUCACGCCUCAUUAUAACACGAUAACCCAGUGUGGCAUGUAUGAGUACUACGCCAGUGAGGGCCAGACGUCAUUACCCUAUGCGCUUGCUGAGCUCAUUGACAACAGUCUUUCAGCCACAGCUAAAACCAGUGGAGUUAGGACGAUAGAAAUACGAAUGAUGUUUGAUGAAACUUUUGGGAAACCUGCUGUCAUUGUCCUUGAUAAUGGGUGUGGCAUGACCUCUGUACAGCUCAAGAACUGGGCAGUGUAUAGACUCUCCAAAUUUACAAGGGAUAACGGCACAUUUGCGAGUCAGGGAGAGGGUUAUGUUCGGCCUGAUCCUGUACCUCGCAGUCUUAAUAGCGAUAUAUCCUACUUUGGAGUUGGAGGCAAACAGGCCAUUUUCUACAUUGGAGAUUCAGCAAGGAUGAUCAGCAAACCAAAAGGCUCUCCAGAUGUUCAUGAACUGAUUCUGUCGAAAGAGGAAUUUGAGAAAAAAGAGAGGAGCAAAGAGGACAUUUAUAGGGGAUUCAUCAAAAACAGAAAGCCUUGCGACUCUGCACACGUGACUAAGAAAGAAGAGACCUUCCUCCAUUCCCUCAUUGCUGAAGAAAAAGGGAAAGAAAGCUUCACAGCCGUGGUCAUCACGGGGGUCCUGCCUGAGCAUAUCGCCACCCUGAAAAACGGUUUUGAUGCGUGGACCAGACAGCUUGCGCACGUGUAUCACUAUUACAUUCAUGGAGUCAAUGGUAACGUUAGUAGCAGUAGCAGCUCAACUACCUCAGAUGAAUCCCCUAAAAUUGACAUUCAGAUCACUUUAUCCGAAAGGCCUCUCAAACAACGCGUGAUCAAUCUCAGGGACAUUGAAGACGACAUGCAGAGUCUGUACAUUAAAGCUGCUGCAGACACGUUUGAGUUCAAGGCCUCCACUGGGUUGGACACCGGCACAGUGGAGGGAAUCAUCCGCUAUCAUCCCUUCCUCUAUGACAAGGAGACUUACCCCGAAGACCCAUAUUCUGCACAAGCAUCCCCGGAUGAUGAUGACUUGGAUAAUGAGUCUGUACUCGUGAAUCAGACAAAAGGAAAGAGGCCGAUCUUUGAAUGUUUCUGGAAUGGAAGGCUCAUCCCUUACACCACAGUGUCUGAGUUACGCUGGUGUGCUCGGCCCAGUAAAGGUGCUACGCUGCCUGUGGAGUGUUACAAUCGGUUUUCAGGCGUGCUUUUCACUGACGACAGAUUCCAGGUCACCACAAACAAGCUCACCUUCAUCGACCUGGAACAGAAACUAGCGAACAACGACACGAUCUUCACAACCGUUGUUAGCGGACAGUGUCCGCAGGAAGAGAUCAGCUCUGCAGUUCCCUCCAUCCCCGCACAAGUCAGCGACAGUAUAAGAGAGGAAGAAAAGCAGGCUAAGAGAACAGGUCUGCCACUGCUUUGCUCACCAGACCAGAAAUCUUCCAAAAGAAGUAAAAUCGAGAAGGACUUCCUGCAGUGGCUUCAAAACUGUCAUGCGCAAUUGGACAAACAAGUGAAAUUUCUGGGCUACAAAGGGAAAAUAACACGAACAGAUGUACCUACGAAGAAAAUGCAGCAGCCCUGGGCCACGUUCUCCUCCAUUGAGUGGGACGGCAAAACGUACAAAACAGGACAACUUGUUAAGUCUCAGAAGACGCAGCGCAUUCUGUAUGGUACCGUGGUUCGUUUUUUGCUGUUUGGAAAUUACGACGUAGAUGUCUUUGCCACAGGAGGACUAGUGGAACUGUCUCUCGAGCCCAGAGCACUUCACGACGCGACGAAGAUCAUACCCAUUUCCAAGAUUGAUAAAACUGCCACUGAUGAAUCCAUUAAGAAAGUGAUCGACAAUGACCUCGCCAAGCUUCCAGAGGAGCUGCAAGUAGAGUGGCCAGAAGGCAACCCUUGGCUAACAAAGGCCGCCUAUGCUGCUGGGACCCCUUUGGGGCCUGUCAGUGUUAAAAUUCUGAACAAGAAUGGAGAGUCGUUAUCCAAGAUGCCAUCAACAGGCCAGGGACAAGGGCUGAAACUGAGUGUUAAGCUCAGCAUAGUCCGCCAUGAUCCUAAAGGAGACCAAGAGGUUGAUACUUUUAUCGCACCAUAUACAUCAAAGUGGGCAUUCUGGUUCAAAAAAAUUGAGACUCUGAGUAAGCUGGGGAAGUACACACUGAAGCUGAACGCCAUGAUUAGUGAAAGUAAUGUUACCGUCUUUGGAGGCAAACCACUUCCAAGCUACUCACUGGAUUUCACCAUCAAAGAGGGAAAUGCGGAGAGCUUUGAAUUGGGUACGUUCGGCCCAACUAUUCCUGUAGGGGUGCCAUUUGACAUUCCUGUGCACAUCAAGGAUUCUUAUUGCCACCCGACAAAUCCUCCUCCCAACCUCAAAUUUACACUUUCAUGCAGUGACCUGGAGCUGAACUACGACACAGUGCACAUCAGCGGGACCAUGUUUACCAUCAAAGGUGUUAGAGCAAGAGGAAAAGUCCAGAAUUACCCCGAGUCCACGACUUACGACCUGAAAGUGACCCUGCCUGGCCUAAAAAAUGACACGAAGAUUGCUAAGAUCGGUCUUCUUCCUGGUAACGCGCAUUCCCUUCUUGUGAGGCCUGAACAAAACCCAGUCAAAAUCGAGAAUGGAAACUCGGUCGCUUUUCAUUUUGAGAUUCAUGAUGAGGCAGGGAACAUCACAGCUCGACCCAAGCAGAUUGUUCGCUGCCAGGUUCAUGGGAUUCCUGCUGAAUUUAUUGACUGCAGCAGCACAGGAACAGGCCACCUUACGACACAACCUAUAAACGUGGACAUAACCGAAGGAGAACCAGAAAUGCUCAAACUUCACUUUGACAUGCCGAAUCAGAAGAACAUAGCGCUGGUGAUGCGGGAGCUGAAGGUGCUGCCUAGCACACGGGUCUCCGUGAUGGAGCUCUGCAGUCAGGUUGAUGACAAGCUGGUGCUGAGGAACAAUGAAAUUAUAGAAUGGCCAGCUGGAGGACAGCUGGAGAACUUGUUCUAUAAGCUGUAUGAUGAGGCCGGCAGGGAAGUACUGCUCACUGCUGAAAUAGCCUCCAUGAUCAAGGUUAACUGGACUGGAGAUGUCAAUCUGGAAGAUCUGGUCAAGGGGAAGCUGCCUGAUAUAAAGGUGCCCACGCAGGUGAAGGACCGGCGCUUCUACCAGGUGUCCUACCAAGACCAGAGUGUAUCUGUCUCCUUCACCAUAGUGCCUCAUCCGGAUGAACCAGCACGGCUACAAGUAACCCUUCACCAAAACACAGUGAGGCUCGGUGAAACCCUGCCUGGAAACAUAUUCUUGGAGCUUGUUGACCAGUACGACAAUUCAACCAAGGCGCUUAAGCCCACCUGUGUGGAACAAAUGGCAGUGGAUGCCGAGGGCUUGGACAAAUCAGCCGUCACUUUUAAAUGGCAGGAGAGCAGCGGUUCUGUUGUAGUGACGGGCGUGCGUUUCCAGGGAGGAUCACCCGGCGCCAGAGAAAUGUGCUUUAGCUACUGUGACUACGUGGAGCGUGUCAUAGUUAAAGUGUCCCCGGGGGUCCCUGCAAAGCUUGAACUAGUCAGUGGACCUGCACAGCCUUUUCAGGUGUUAAAUGACGAUUGCAUCUCUGAGCCGUUCCUCAUCCAACUGUUGGACCAGUGGGGAAAUCCGUCCUCGGACCAGAGGGUUGUGGUAGAUUUGAAGUCUUCACCGUCAACGCUCAAGGUGAAGGCAGAUGUUACUUCACAACCUGUGAAUGCAGACGGGAAAGCCUCUUUCACUGUUAAAGGUGUGAGUGGUCCAAAGGGGUACUAUCAGCUGGUAUUUAAAGGUUCCUUCAACAAGAAGCCCAUCCCUGGUCCAUCAGUGAACCUCAUUGUCAUCCCUGAUCCUAACAAACCUGUCGGCCUGUCAGUAGAGUACGACACUAGUGCUAAAUGUCUCGCUGGAGGAACCUUCCCAGUUUUCUCAGUGACCGUGGUGUCUGACGAAGGAAGCCCGAUUACGACUUUUAACCCAGCUCAUGUGUCCAUGAGGCUGUGGAGCGGAGAGUCCUCAGGAAAAACGUGCCCACAAACGGCCACUGAGUUCAAAUGUAGUAAACCCAUGGAAAAUGAAAAGAACGACUGUUUUCGCUUUAGAGAUAAAGAAAUCCCAGAGCAUGUUGGGAAGCACACCAUUCAGUUUUUUCUGCGUAUUGACAAAGAAAACUUCCUGUGCAGUGAUCAGAUUUUUAUCAAUGUGGUGGCCAAUCAGCCUGUCAAACUGGGACCGGACUCUCAGCCUCCAACCCCAGUUGUUUCCUACAGUAAGGACAUCACCAGCCGAACCUUGGUGGAAGAUAUGACUCUGAGGAUAAUGGAUUUGUAUGGAAACCCAGCGGGGCAGGACCUGGACGGGAAAGUGGUCGUCUCUAUAAAGUGCCCUAAUGGACAGAGAAACAAAACACUUCCUCAGCUUGAAGGAGAAGCAAAUAACUUUCAGAUUAACUUGGAAGGAGGAAAAGCCCACAUAACUAGGCUGGCUGUCGUGGAAAAUAGCCCCGGUGAGAACGGCAGCUCAUACGUCCUCGUCUUCAAGCCUGAAGUGCCGAUGCUUCCAACGCCCCUGGCUCCUUUUGAGCUCUCCUUCCGUUUUUACAAUGAUGCAGACUGCCAACAGAAAAUGUCUGAGCUGACCAAGAAGAAAGAUGAGUUCACCAGGACCAUUAUGUCUCACACGGAGACCUUCAGUAUGCAGAAGGAACUCCUCCAAAUGUUGACAGCUCUUCACCAAGAUCUAUCUAUGAAAGAGGCUUACUUUAGAAAUGAGCUGGACCGAAGAAACCUGAAAAUUCCACAACCUGCAUCCAGCACAAGUAUUGACAGAAUCCUAAAGGAGAAGAAAACCGAAGCUGAUCAGAUUUUGAAAACGUCCAGAAGAGUCUGCACUCUCCGUGACAACUUCAGGGGGCAGCAGGAUGUUUUAGGAAUGGUUGGACACCUGGCUUUUGUGGAGGACGACGCUGCUGCUUGGGUUAUCUCUUGGCACAUCAGGGGCGACAUGGACUGUGUCAUCACCAAGACAACGGCGGCAGCUCGGAAGAUCUUUGAGGACACGCAUGGGAGGCAGCAGGUCAUACCCCUGGACAGCGUUUAUGUGCCACCGGGACAAAGGCCACUGCCACACAUAAGAAACGGCCGCAGGCUCUUUGAUCCUCCUGGGAACCCAGUCUUUGCCAGAGAUCUGCUGAUUUACCCCCAAGACCCUAUGAGCUGUGACAUCGCAUUUAAAAACCUCCUCGGAGAUACAAUCGUGAUCGAUGACCUGACCUCGGCACAGAACUACAGAAAUGCGGUGGUGCAAACCAAGGCACCGUGUCCCACCAUUCUCACCAGGCAGGGACACAGGGUCAGUGGCAAGGGCAAGUUCGGAGGAGCGCAGAACAGGGCCCCGGAGAGGAGCCGAGAACCAACGUUUGGAGCUCCCCUCCCACAGCAGUACUACGCCCUGAACGAACAUAUAGACCUGCUGACUAAGUACCAGUCAGCUCUGAAGAAGAAAGUGGAUGCAGAGAAAGACAGAGAAACCCACAUAAAACAUAUGAACUCUCCUGAAAUGCUGAAAAAUCAAAAGGAGAUGGAGGAAGCCAAGAAGCACCUGCAAGAGAUUGACCAACAACUUGCAUCGGCAUCAGGGAGAGCACGGAAACGGGGCCCUGGGAACGCUGGGGAGCCAUCUGGCAUCAGUACAAAAAGGACAAGGCCUUGUUAAUAAGAGACAGAUUAUCUUCAGAGCAAGUGUUCUUUCUAAUUACAUUUCUUUUUAUUUCCGGGGUGUUGCUCUGUUGUUUUGUAUAUUUUAAUGCUUUUUUUUUUACAGCCAGAACUGCCUGUGUACUUUGUUGGCACAAUGUUAAAAGUGUAUCACGUUCAGUACUGUUUAUAUAUAUAAAAAAAAAAAAAGAUUUAUCCUGA